AUGGUCAAAUUCUACGACUCCAUUUGCGAGGACCACCAAGAAUGGGCAUUAAGCCAGUCCGUAUUCUUCAUUGCAUCUGCACCGUCAACAGGCAGGCACGUCAAUCUGUCGCCAAAAGGCCAGCCGGCUGCGACGUUGACCAUUUUCCAUGGCAAUCUCGUGGGAUACAUGGACGCGACAGGCUCCGGCAUUGAGACAGUCAGCCAUAUCUACGAGAACGGACGAGCAACGAUCAUGUUCUGCAGCUUCGAGAAGGCGCCACGUAUCAUGAGAUGGUUCUGCACUGGCAGGGUGGUCGAGACCGAUCAUGCGGACUAUCCGAUGUGGACGGACCAAAUGGGAAAGAAGGAGUAUCCCUCUAUGAGAGCAAUCAUUUUGCUUCAUGUCUGGAAAGUGCAGACAUCUUGCGGCUUUGCCGUACCCCUCCUAACAUCCAUCCACGAUCCCGAGAAAGGCACACGUGGCUCGUUUCAGGAGCGCAAGACGCUUGAGAACUUCGCGAUCAGGAGCAUUCCGUAUCCUGUUGAGAUGGGCCAAUACCGGGUGAAGCACAACGCGAGAAGUCUAGAUGGACUACCGGGCUUGAGAAAAGCAAUGAAGACCAAAGGCGAGAACAUACUUGUGCAGAAACUGUUUGCCGAGGGUCUGAAGUUCUUUGGCUGCAAUCAAAAUGUCCUGAUCAAGCAUCAAACUUUGUUCCGAGCAGCACUGUAUAGGUGGGUGCUUAUGGAUAGAGAAGCUCCGUGCUUGGGCAGUCCUCUAGAAUACUCCAUCAUGGCUGCAGAUCCAACUAGGCCGGUUCGCAUUGCAGGGGCAUCUGGCUCUGCAAGUGACCGCCGACAUGCAAUGGCCCAACUAGCUGCAAACCAUCCCGCCGAUCCUAUAGAUGUGAUCAUUGGAGACUGGAUGAGCGAAGCCAACAUGACCAUUCGUGGCGUCAUGAAGACAGAUCGUCAAGCGCAGCUAGCAAAAGAGCCUCAUCGCCCUACCAACACUCUAGACUUGGGCACUGGAGAAGCAUACGAGCCAACUUUUCUGGAAGCUCUGGAGCCUGCACUCGUCAACAUUGCGAAGUACAAGAUCAAGCUUGCUGUCAAUGCUGGAGCAUCCGACACCAAAGCUCUACACAACAUCGUAACCAAAAUGGUAAAGUCGAAAAGUUUGAAUCUGAAGGUCGCAUGGGUGAGUGGAGACGAAGUCUUCGAGGCAGUACAGAAGGCGCGCAAGCAAGGCACAAGGUUUGAAAACAUCUGCACGGGAGAGCUGCUUGCAGACUGGAAAUUUGAACCUCUCUACGCGCAGUGUUAUUUAGGCGGAAUAGGCAUCGCGGCUGCCUUUGCAAACGGGGCUGAUAUUGUGGUCUGCGGUAGAGUGGCAGAUGCGAGCCCUGUUAUCGGCGCCGCAUACUGGUGGCACGGGUGGAGCAGAGAUCAGCUGCAUGAGCUGGCAAAUGCAUUCGUUGCUGGCCACAUGAUUGAGUGUAGCAACUACGUUUGUGGUGGUAACUUCACCGGCUUCAAAAGUCUGGAGAGCAAAGGCUGGCACGACAUUGGUUAUCCAAUUGCAGAAAUAUCAAGAUCGGGACAGGUCAUCAUCACCAAAGCCAAAGGUUCUGGAGGCGAAGUCAGUUCACAGACGUGCUCCUCGCAACUCCUUUAUGAGAUCCAGGGCCCAUGGUACUUCAACUCAGAUGUCACCGCGGUACUGGACGAGCUCUGGUUCGAGCAGAUCGGAACAGAUCGUGUAGCUUUGCGAGGCGUCAAGGGUGAUCUGCCUCCGCCUACCACAAAAGUCGGCAUCACCGCAAAAGGCGGAUAUCAAGCGGAGGUGCACUGGUUCAUAUGCGGCCUUGACAUUGCAGAAAAAGCCCGAAUGCUAGAGGCGCAGAUACGACAUGAGCUGAGGCCAUACUCUGACAAAUUCAGCAAGCUCGAAUUCACGGUCAAUGGCAGCGCUGCUGAAGACCCAAGCAACCAAAAUGCCGCCACUGUCGAUUUCCGGGUCUUUGUUCAAGCUCCAAAUGAGCAGGAUAUCAUGCCGGCCAAGUUCUUGAGGCCUGCCAUUGACCCAAUCAUGGAAGGCUAUCCCGGUGCAACUUUCCAUCUCGAUUUGCGACAGGGCUUUCCCAAACCGAUCCACGAGUACUAUGUCACACUGCUGCCGCAGGCAGAUGUUGAUCACAAGGUGCAUCUAUGGGAUGGCAAGACCAUCGAUAUCCCGCCCCCUGCGCACACCAAGACGUAUCCAGCCCAGCAACCCAGCGAGGCCGCCGCACGCAACGUAAAGUCUACAGACUUCGGAUCAACGACAAGAGGACCUCUGGGCUGGAUCGUCCACGCCAGAAGCGGCGACAAGGGCUCAAACGCCAACGUCGGCUUCUGGGUACGACAUCGAGAUGAAUGGGAAUGGUUGAGGUCUUUGCUGUCUAUCGAGACGAUCAAGAGACUUCUGGCCGAUGAAUACAAGGGCAAGAAAAUCGAUCGCUUCGAGCUCCCAAAUCUCUAUGGCGUACAUUUUCUGCUUCACGAUCAUCUCGAUCGAGGGGUCAGUUGCUCGUCGUCUUGUGACUUUUUGGGGAAGAAUGUGGCGGAGUAUUUGAGGGCGAAAUAUGUUGAUUUACCGACGAAAUUUUUGAAUCGUGGGAAGUUGUAGAGGGAUUUCUUCAAAGAGAACGAGGAGGAAGGAUUUCGAGGGACUGCUUUCAUUCGUGCUUUUGGAAUAUUGCUGCUCCGUGGAAAUGCGACUCGCUGCUGAU